CCGCUCUCCGACCUGCGCAACUCGCGGAAGACAGACGCCUCCCGACAGCUGAGAGUGGGCCAUCGACACACGUCGCUACCACCAACUGUGUGCAGGGCCGCCUCACCAGGCUACAACUCAGUACUACACGCUACUGGAGGACUGCUGCCCAGACGAGGACAUGGCUGGGGAGAAGCGCGGCCUGGAACUGGAGCUGGAACUCAAGGAGCGGCCGCCUCCGGCCACCCCUGCCGCCAUAGUGCCAGCUGACCAGCACGUGGCCUCCACGCUGCAGUUGGCACAGAGCGCUGAGCUGCAAUCGCGAGAGAAACUAGACGAGUACGACCCUUUCGACAAGAGGGAGAACAAGAGCGUCAGCGACGGCGGCGCGCUGAUGCACCUGCUGAAGGGCAGCCUGGGUACGGGCAUUCUGGCGAUGCCGAUGGCCUUCCGCAACUCGGGACUCGCCUUCGGCGCCGUCGCCACGCUGGUUAUCGGUUUCGUCUGUACCCACUGCGUCGGCAUGCUGGUGUCGGUGUCUCAGUCGCUGUGUCGGCGCACCCGCACGCCUUCGCUGGACUACGCGCAGACCGCGGAGGUCGCCUUCCUCACGGGGCCCCCGGCUACCAGGGGCUGGGCCACCACUGCCAGGAGGAUCACGAACGGCACCCUGCUGGCUACCUACUACAGCACGAGCGUCGUCUACGUUGUCUUCAUCGCCACCUCUGUCAAGCAGGUGGGGGACCACCUGUGGCAGGAGAUGGAUGUGCGGCUCUACAUGGCAAUGGCAAUGCCGCUGUUGAUGGCCAUCGGCCUGGUGCGGCAGCUGCGCUGGCUGGUGCCCUUCUCAUUGAUGGCCAACGGGUUCAUCGCGGUGAGCUUCGGCAUCACUUUGGCUUACAUCUUCACGGACCUACCACCGACUGACCACGACCGCUCCAUGCUGGCCUCUCCUGCUCAGAUCCCGCUCUUCUUCAGCACAGUUAUCUUUGCUAUGGAAGGCAUUGGUGUGGUCCUGCCCGUGGAGAACAGCAUGAAGACGCCGCAGCACUUCCUGGGCUGCCCCGGCGUGCUCAACAUCGCCAUGGUGAUCGUCAUCUCGCUGUACGCCGUCAUCGGCUUCUUCGGCUACGUCAAGUACGGCGAGGCCACCAUGGGCAGCGUCACGCUCAACCUGCCGGUCGAGGACAUCCUGGCGCAGGUGGUGAAGCUGCUGAUCGCGGCGGCCAUCUUGUUCACGUACGGCCUGCAGCAGUACGUGCCCACGCAGAUCGUCUUCUCGCCAGAACUGCGCUCCAGGCUGGGCAGUCGCUGGGAGACCACAGCCGAGAUCGCCUACCGGCUGCUGAUCGCCGUCCUCUCAGUGGCGGUGGCGGCGGCGCUGCCCAACCUGGGCCCCGUCAUCUCGCUGGUGGGCGCCGUCUGCUACUCGACGCUCGGUCUGCUGUGGCCCGCCGUCAUCGAGACGGUGGCGCUGUGGGAGCGAGGCGUCGGUCCGGCCUCGUGGCACCUCUUCAAGAACGCACUCAUCGCCGUCUUCGCGGUCACCGCCCUCGUCUCCGGUUCCUACGCCAGCAUCCUCGAGAUCGCAGAGGCCUACGGCUGAUGACGUCACCGGCAGCCCGCGACUACCGCGGCCGUGUGUCCGAAUACGCCUCCCACAUCGCUGCCGGACACACAGCAGACACACAGUGUUAUUUAUGUUCUCUCAUCUCCUAUAUAUGCCAUGACUGUGCGACCUCUCCCCCGAGGACGCAAACAAGCAGAUGCUGGUUGGAAACUGAUUUUAGAAAACCGACCAUUAAACUGCUCCUGGAAAGUAUUUCUUUACUUCAAGCUCUGCUAGUGAUCCUAACAUACCAGUGACAAAACGUCUUGCCAAAACCCAAGAAUCUCCGGCCAAGGCAUGAAAGCAAUCACCCGGUGAUAGGCGAGCGUUAUCGCGCUGUUCCUACAUACCCCAUAUCCAUUCUCAGAUUCAUUCUUAUUUAUGUUUUUCCAUAACAUGUUUGUUUGCACGGCUAUCUUCUUAGUAGCUGUUAAAAUCAAUUAUUAUUGGUUUCUCCAUCUGAAGAUAGCUGCAAAUAAUUGAAGAGUGUUUUGUACCACAUGCAUUUCGCUUUUCUUUAUAAAGCAUCUUCUGUGGUCAUUCUGCAAAUAUUGAUACAUAUUUGUAUAUUUUUGGACGCUCUUAGAUCAAACCGGCCGCGGUGGUCUCGCGGUUCUAGGCG